AUGGCCAACGCGAGUGCAGUGCGCCUUUUGGGCCAAGAAAAUUAUGAAAGACUGCGCAGCAGCCGUGUACUGUUGGUGGGCGCAGGAGGCAUCGGAUGCGAACUGUUGAAGAAUCUAGUGCUUAUGGGGUUUGGCGAAAUUCACAUUGUAGACCUCGACAUUAUAGAUCUGUCUAAUUUGAACCGCCAGUUCCUGUUUCGCCAACGCGAUAUUAAGCAAGCGAAGGCGACAACCGCAGCUCGUGCUAUCGAACAUGUGAGCAAUUCAAAGCUUGUUGCCCAUCAAGCAAACAUCAUGGAUGUGAAUCAGUUUCCACUGGCCUGGUUUUCCCAGUUUUCGAUCUUUUUCAACGCAUUGGACAACCUGGAAGCUAGACGUUACGUCAAUCAGAUGGCGCAAUAUCUUCGAAAGCCAUUGCUCGAAAGUGGAACCGCCGGUUUCGAUGGAUAUAUUCAGCCUAUUAUACCGGGCGCCACCGAAUGUUUUGAUUGUACUACGAAGGAGACGCCUAAAACCUUUCCCGUCUGCACCAUCAGAUCUACUCCAUCCCAACCCAUCCACUGCAUAGUUUGGGCCAAAAACUUCCUAUUUUCGCAGCUCUUUGCCUCAAGUGGCUCAAUGUCCGCGGAUGAAGACCUUGGCACCGAUAAUGUUGAAGAGAUUGAACGCAUCAGGCAGGAGACGAACGAGCUUCAUGAACUUCAAGAACUCAUCAGGUCGGGCGAUAAGACACGCAUCAGAGACGUUUUCGAGAAAGUGUUUGUUAAAGACAUUGAAAAGCUUCUUGCUAUUGAGGAGUUAUGGAAAGCUAGAGAGAAACCUACACCACUGUACAACUUCAAAUUCGAUGAAAAAAUAAACAAAAAUUUGAACACUGUCUGGACAAUCCAGGAGCAAGUUAACGCUUUUGUUCUGGCUACUGAAAAACUGAUGCAGCGACUCUCCUCUGAAAAACAAAUCGAAUUUGACAAAGAUGACCCUGACACACUUCUCUUCGUUGCUGCGGCCGCAAAUAUUCGUGCCAGCGUCUUUAAAUUGCCUUUGAAAUCCGUUUUUGACAUCAAGCAAAUUGCAGGAGGCAUCAUUCCUGCAAUUGCUACAACGAAUGCAAUCAUUGCGGGUUUGUCAUCCCUUGCAUCGCUCAGAGUGCUCAAUCUUCUCAAAAAUCAGCCAAAAGCAAAUCCCACAGAAUUGAACAUGGCAUUUACAGCUAAGGCCAGUAACAUGUCCAAUAACCGCUACCUUUCGAAUCCCCAGUUAGGGCCACCAAAUCCUCGCUGCCCAGUAUGCUCGAUUGCUCGCGGCGUUCUGACAUUAUCGCAAAACGAUUUAGAUACAAUGAGACUUUCUGAGCUAGUCGGUGCUGUUCAAGAAAAGUAUUCUUAUUCUGGUGAAGUUUCGGUGCUUGACAAAUCCACUCAGAGGUUAUUAGCUGAUUUUGAUUUUGAAGAUUUGUUAAAUAAGACUCUUGCGGAGGUCAAAGUUGCUCGCGGUACGAUUUUGUUAAUUUCUGAUGAGCAAGAUAGCGAAGAGAGUAUACGGGCCCCUGUUGAACUCUACAUAGAGCAAGGUGAGCCUGAGGGUAUAAACUUGCCAGAUAUUGAGGUACCACUUAUAAAACCAGCUGUUGUCGAACCUGAUGAGACAAAUUCUGAGGAAGGAGUCUCUAUGCCGGGCGAAAUAAUAUUGGAUGAGGAUGAUAAAAACCCCAAGAAAAGGCACCUAGAUGAUGCCUCUGAAACUCCCGCCAAGAAGGCCCUUAAGACUGAGGAAGAGCAUGUUGUAAUCCUAGAUUGA